AUGAAGCGCCUCACCAAGGUACUGAUGGAUAGGGGCAGCAGCCUCAACAUCAUAUACGUGAAGACCCUGGAUGCCAUGGGCAUCGAUCGGUCGCGCAUUCAGCCGUUAGGGGUGCCAUUCCACGGCAUCGUGCCGGGAAAGCAAGCGAUCCUGCUCGGGCAGAUCGACCUGCCCCUAACGUUCGGGGAUCCGACAAACUAUAGGAUGGAGACCCUAUUGGUGGUCGGGUUUCACGGAUCCUACCACGCCAUAUUGGGGCGACCAUGCUACGUGAAGUUCAUGGCCGUCCCUAAUUAUACUUAUCUGAAGCUCAAGAUACCGAGCCUGCAUGGGGUCAUCACCGUCAGCUCCUCCUUCAACCACGCCUAUUAG